GUUUCUCUCAAACAAAAAAACUCGAGCGUGAUGAACACCGAUUUCAAAUUGGUGCGCAAAACGCGCAACACAACGUGCUCCACUUCCAGCAUAGAGCUCACCAUCCACGGAUCGCCGAUGGAUCCAGUUGCUCCUGGGAUGAAGAUGGUCAGUUCGGCUGUCAAACAUCCGCUGGAGCACACCUGGACGCUCUGGUACUUGGAGAGCGAUCGCUCCAAGUCCUGGGAGGAGCUGCAAAACGAAAUCACUAGCUUCGACAUGGUCGAGGACUUCUGGAGCCUGUACACCCACAUCAAACCUCCAUCGCAGAUCCGAUUGUGCAGCGAUUAUUCUUUGUUCAAGAAGGGCAUACAACCCAUGUGGGAGGAUGAGGCCAACAAGUUUGGCGGACGCUGGGUAAUCACUACGAGCCGUCGCAGCAAGCUGGAGCUGGACAAGCUCUGGCUGGAUGUGAUUCUAAUACUGAUUGGCGAAGCCUUCGAGCACACUGAAGAAAUCUGCGGCGCUGUCAUCAACAUGCGCGGCAAGCAAAGCAAAAUUUCUGUUUGGACUAGCAAUGGACAGAACGAGUCGGCAAUCGUUCAUAUUGGACUGAAGCUGCGCGAAACGUUGAAACUGCCGCCGCUCCAGAUGAAGUACCAGCUGCACAAGGACUCGAUGACCAAACAAGGAUCGUCGGUCAAAUCGGUUUACUCCCUCUAAACCAGCCGGCCGGUCGGCCUACCCAGUGGCCCAUGCCACUACCCGAAAAUUUUUGGUCUAAUUUUCGAAUUUCUGUAAAUACAUAAAGUACAUAAAGUUUUACCAUGUGUAAAGCCAAUACUGAAAUGCUAAAAUGCUGAAA